AUGGUAGCUAUGAAGACUUGGUCUCUACUGCUGGUAUUCCUCUUCCUGGCAGCUGGGCUGGGAGAAAAAGAAGAGGUUCGAUUCAGAUCCCCUGCUAAAUUUGGUAGCCCCCUGCCUCGAGGCCCAAGGUAUGCAGAGGGGAAUUUCAUCAACAAUUACAGCAUUGCCAUGAACAAGAUCCACCAACAAGACCUUGUGAACUGACUGCUGGCCCAGAAGAGGAAGAAGAAUGACAGGAAACAAAAUACCCAGAGAGAGGCCCAGGUAUUGGAGCUGACAGGACAAUCUCAGAGAAAUGAGGAAACAGAGGGACAUCAGAGCUCCUUGCCCAAGAAACCCAGUGAUGAAGAUGUGCUCAGGGACUUGACAUCUAUUUGCACAGAGUUACUGACCUGGAUGGUGGACCAAAAAGAGCUCUGUUGGCUCAGGUCUCAGUGA